ACAAAAUGGCCGCUGGCAAUGUCUUAAGUCAGUCGUGUUGCCCUUGAAUGGCAUGGAAUUGAAGCUUCUUCAGUUCCAGUGUAUAUGUGGUGUAUUAUGUUUCGUGUGAUCAUAACCUAUAAAUUUUACUUCACGUUUUGUAACAUUUUAGAAGAAUUGUUUGGUUUAUUUUUUAAAGUAUAUAUUUGAUUGUUGCCUGGUGAUUAUUUAAUCUUCGGUUAUGGUAUUUACAACUGUGGUAAACUUCGUAAGAUCUCGUGGACCAGACGAGUUCUGGAGGAAACGAAAAAUUUUCAAACUAGCUGCUCACUACAUCGGUAGAAGAAGAAACUGUUACAGUAUCACUAUACGAAAUGUACACAGAGCAUUAGUUUAUGCAACCAAGGGCAGAAAACUCAGAAAAGAGGAUAUGGCAAAUUUAUGGGAAACCAGAAUAAAAGCAGGAUGUGAGCAACAUGAUAUUCCAUAUGAAACAUUGAGGGAAGGACUGACAAGAUGUGACAUACUAGUGAAUCGUAAGACACUUUCUGAGUUGGCAUGCUGGGAGCCAUAUACAUUCAAGGCACUAACAGAUGUGGCUCGUAGGAGGGCUUUAGAUGAUGGUUUGAAGGGGGUUACAAAUGAAAAUGACAUAGACAGGAUAAUUACCAGAGGAAGUUUAAAUAAAGCAUAAUUUGUAUUGAACUUUUGUUACCUUGUUUAGUAGAUAUAUUUCUUAGUUAUUAUUAUAUUUUAACCUGCUCAGUAAUUUGUGCUGAAUAAUAAAAAACAAAUGGCACGUGUCGUAUUUGAAUACAGCUGUAUACUUGGUUUUAUUAUCUUAUUCUUGAGCUAGGAUAGUUAUUUCAGUGUGCUUAAAUGUUGAAUGGAACAGUUUGGAAAUCAAACAUUUUUAAUACAAAUCUUAGCAGACUUGUUCUGGAUACAAAUGGCUCACUAAGAUAUAUGUUUUUAUUAUACAUCACGUGGUGAUGGCGGAGCCACAAAAUCUAAAAAUUUGCCAUCUUCUUAAACCCUUUUAUCCCUUGAUUGAACCUACCUGAGCUCUUACUGAGUGUGAGGACGUCCAACCAUCCCAGCACAAAUUGGAAGUAGACUGUUCAGUUGUAAGAAUUUUCUACUAGGAUGUACUCAAUCCCCAAUAAAUAUACAGGCUAUUACAAUAUUAUUAUUAUUUUGUUUAUUGUCCAACUGCUCAAUAAAUCAUUUAAAAGAACUGUAUGUACCGAGUUUUAUAUUUUUUUUCUAUAUUUAUCACAACAAAGAAGUAAGAGUAAAUAAAUAAGUAGCUUGGACCUCUUUGUCGCAAGUUUCUAUUCGCAUCAUCAACAUUUCUCUUUUUUUAAAAAAACCCGCCAACCAUCAUUUAAGACAGAUUUUUUACAGACAACCCUAUAUAAUCGUGUUCGCAAUGAACAUGGGCUUAUUUUGAUAUAAGUUGUAUUUAUUAAACAGAUGGCUGAAAGUAACUACAUAGUAUCAACAUACGUGAUUAUUCCUACCAACCCAUUAGAUAGGUCAGGAAAAAAAUAGACAACUCAACCUUUGCAUAUUCUUCUUCCUACUUUGGGCUGGAUUAAAUUUAUUCGUUAAGUUCAAUAGUGCAAUGUUUAAUAAAAAGUGAUUUUUCAAUUUUUAAUCAACCAUAGUCUCACCAAGAAUUUUUUAGACAACCCACUCGCAAUAUACCGACAAUGAAAAUUGGCAAUGCUUUAUUUUUUGGCAAAUAAAGAUAACGCUCCAUGUAGUACAUGUUUAGUUAUCAUUAAGAGGCAUUUCUGGAAAGCUGAAUGGGUUUACCGGAAGUGACAUUAACUUUCGUUUUUCAAAUGGAAACUUGUAUGUUUUCUUCCAUAAUCAUACUCUAUGCAAAAUUCCCUUUCCAACGUGACUUUUUCGUUUUAAUGGCGGCGCUAUAAAGGAAUUUGUGAUUAACCUAAAAUCCGCCAUAUUGGUUACAAGACAAAAAAAAUUUUAAACUGUCAAUGUGGCAUGAUCAACAAAUGGCUAUUAAAACAGGCUAAAUAAAUGAAACCUUGUAAUUAUGUUUUCCAUGUUAGUAUACUUCUUGGAAAAAAAAAUUAAUCCACAUCUUCAACACAGGAUUUCGGAUAGAUUUUAAAUAGGACCCUGUAUACUUUUUUCGAAAUAUUAUUCCACGUAAAGUUCUCUAUUCAAUGAUGUAACAAGAAUUACUUUUGUUGUCAAAUGUAUGUGAUAUUUACAUCAGCGGAAUCCAUGUUUCUUCAAAAUCUGCCUAGCUGACUCACGAUUUACAUUAAUUUGUUGCUUGUUCCAGUUGCCUUUCAGAUACCGAUGGGUCAAAGUGAACAUAUGCCAAAAAAUUUAUCUCCGCUUCUUUACUUACUACGAAAGAGUUCUCUUCAUCACCAUUUCUAAACUCUACCUCUAACUUGAAAAAUUAUGAAUAACUUGGAUGUCUUCUUCUAUUAGGAUAUCGCUGAGCGUACAAAGUACAAGCAUUUCUAGAAUUUUUUCUGCAUUCACCGAACAUUAAUAGCACAUCAACUUGCUCGUUUCUUGUAGAACUCAGUAAAAAAUACUGUAGGUUUACCUUUUAUGCAAUAGGAAUAAGCGAAAAUAAAUUUAAAUGAAACGAAGAUUGCCAAACGUCAAAUAAUUAAACAAUAAUGGGUACGUUAUGAAUUGACUUUCAUUUGCUGUUCCACAGCCCACCAUUCUUUUCAAAUAAAUGCUAUUUGAAAACAUCCCAAAUUUUCAUAGACUCCUUACCUUCUUGCGGCGAUUGGUAGCUUCUAUGAAAUAGUUGUAAUUUUAAUUCGUUACUUAACCGAUAGUAGCUUGCAGAACAUCAUUGGAAAUGCGUUUCCAUUCAGAGCCAAGAAUAAAAAACUACUUUUUGUUUUGUAAUUCCUAUGGAGGUUAAUUCACAAAUUCUUUUAUAAAGCUGUCAUUUGACAACAAAAGUAAUACUUGUUCUAUAUCAUUGAAUAGAGAACUUUACGUAGAAUAAGAUUUCUGAAAAAGGUAUACAGGGUCCUAUUUAAAAUCUUUCCGACAUCCUGUGUUGAAGAUGUGGAUUCCUGACUUUUUUUCAAAUAAGUAUACUAGCAUGAAAAAUAUAAUUAAAAGCUUUCGUUUAUUUAGCCCGUUUUAAUGACGGCGCUAUAAAGGAAUUUGUUAAUAACCUAAAAUCCGCCAUAUUGCUUGCAAGACAAAAAAAUAUUUCAAACUGUCAAGGUGGCGUGAUCAACAAAUGUCUAUUAAAACGAAAAUUUCACUUGUGACACAUCGUAGGAAAGUAAAUUUUGCAUAGAGUAUGAUUAUGGAAGAAAAUAUACAGAUUUCCAUUUGAAAAAGGAAAGUCAAUGUCACUUCCGGUCAAAUCGGAAAGGAGAGAUAACCCAUUCAACUUUUGAGAAAUGCCUCUUAAUGACUAACCAAACAUGUCCAAAUCUUGGAACGAUAUCUUUAGUUGCCAAAAAAUACAGUGUGUUUCGGUAUUUUUUAACAUACUAAGUUUGAUAUAAAAUUCUUUUCGCUCAUUAAAUAUAUGGGUGAAGGCCACUUUUAAUUCGGAUCUUAGACUAUUACGGUUGACUACACAUUACAAGUAUAUAUUAGGUAAUGUUCAGGUUAGGACGUUAGUUUUAACCUCCUUCUGCAAAUGCUAACAGAGCGAAACACAUCUCAGAUGUUUAACAAACCGGUUUUGCGAAUGGUAAAACUAUGUAGUGGUCACAGUUGUUGCGCCAUAUUUGUUCACAAAUCAAAAACGAUGUUUGUGUUAUUUCAAUGACAUAUUUACGUUUUGAAUAGAAAGAAAAACGUAUUUCAAUAAAGUUAUAAUUGAUAACUAUUAGACAAAACUGAAGCCUGAUAUGUGACAAUGCAACAAUAAGAUUUCUUUCAAUCAUUUAACUUAAACAUUCAAAGUAGAUUGGUUGGUUUAAGUGUGAGCGCUUUUCAGGUUAUUUGCAUUGGUGUAUUAAAUAAUAAUACAUACUAUUCACAUCGAAUUUAUUUUUAAUAAAGUCACCAGCAAACCAUUAUGUGGUAGGCAUAUUAUACCAUGCGUUUUACCUUGAAAAUAUCUUGUAGACCUAAUAAAUUUUUAUUGCAAUUAGGGAUACUUGUAUAGGCUAGUAGAUACGUCCAAUCAUGUGAACAUAAAAUGAU